AUGACCUCCCUCAAGCAAUUCAUCCGCAAUGUGCGAGCCUCCAAAACCAUCGCAGACGAGCGUGCCGUCGUUCAAAAGGAGAGUGCCGCAAUCAGGGCUAGUUUUCGGGAAGAGAGCGGAGAUUCCAACAUUAGAAGGAACAAUGUUGCCAAGCUGUUAUACCUUUUUACGCUGGGAGAACGCACCCAUUUCGGCCAGAUAGAGUGCCUCAAACUGCUGGCCUCUCCCAGAUUCGCAGACAAGCGCCUGGGCUAUCUAGGCACGAUGCUGUUGCUGGACGAGAAUCAAGAAGUCCUCACGUUGGUUACGAAUUCCCUGAAGAACGAUCUCAAUCACUCAAAUCAAUAUGUCGUGGGCCUAGCACUCUGUACCUUGGGCAACAUUGCCUCCGUUGAAAUGUCCAGAGACUUAUUCCCCGAAGUCGAGACCCUCAUAUCCACCGCAAACCCCUAUAUACGUCGAAAGGCUGCGCUCUGCGCCAUGCGAAUAUGCCGAAAAGUCCCAGAUCUGCAAGAACAUUUCAUGGAGAAGGCCAAGGUGUUGCUGCAAGAUAGAAAUCACGGGGUCCUCCUCUGUGGGUUGACGCUGAUAACGAGCAUGUGCGAGGCAGAUGAGGCAGAAGGUGGAGAGGAAGGUGUGGUUGAAAUGUUCCGGCCAGUUGUUCCACACUUGGUCCGCACUUUGAAAAGCCUGACGAGCUCGGGCUACACUCCUGAGCAUGAUGUCUCCGGCAUCACUGACCCAUUUUUACAAGUCAAAAUCCUGCGGCUUUUUCGAGUGUUGGGGCGGGGAGAUGCUGCCACCAGCGAGCAGAUCAACGAUAUUCUCGCACAAGUGGCCACCAAUACCGAGUCCACGAAGAAUGUUGGAAAUGCUAUACUGUACGAGGCCGUUCUUACCAUCCUAGACAUCGAAGCCGACUCGGGGCUGAGGGUUCUGGGUGUUAACAUCCUCGGGAAAUUUUUGGCCAACAAGGACAACAAUAUUCGGUAUGUUGCACUAAACACUUUGAUCAAGGUAGUUGCCAUCGAGCCGAAUGCCGUCCAAAGGCACCGGAAUACGAUUCUGGAGUGCUUGAGGGAUCCCGAUAUCUCCAUCCGACGGCGGGCACUGGAUCUCAGUUUCACCUUGAUUCGAGAGGACAAUGUACGAGUGCUCAUACGAGAACUUUUGGCCUUUCUGGAAGUCGCCGAUACCGAGUUCAAACCCGUCAUGACAACGCAGAUUGGCAUUGCUGCCGAUCGAUUUGCCCCAAACAAGCGCUGGCACAUCGAUACUAUGCUGCGAGUUGUCAAGCUGGCCGGAAACUUUGUCAAAGAGCAGAUUCUCUCGUCCUUCAUUCGCCUCAUUGCCACCACACCCGAUCAGCAAACAUAUGCAGUCCAGAAGCUAUACGCGGCUCUGAAAUCGGACAUCACACAAGAGGCUCUGACUCUUUCUGCUGUCUGGGUCAUCGGCGAAUAUGGCGACGCUCUCCUCCGUGGUGGCUCGUAUGAAGAAGAAGAACUGGUGAAGGAAGUUAAAGAAACCGAUAUUGUCGACUUGUACACCACAAUCCUCAAUUCGACAUACGCGAAUCAAGUGGUGACUGAAUACAUCAUCACUUCCGCAAUGAAGCUGACUACAAGAAUGUCCGACCAGUCACAAAUUGAGCGGAUAAGGCGCUUGAUGAAUUCCCGAACUGCCGACCUUAGCAUUGAGAUCCAGCAAAGAGCGGUGGAAUAUAGCAACAUGUUCGGGUACGACUCGAUUCGAAGAGGUGUCCUGGAGAAAAUGCCGCCCCCGGAAAUCAAAGAGGAACAACGAGUUCUUGGUCAGUCCGCCACGCCUGCGAAGGACAAGAGAAAGACCCUGAAAGCGAAGACAAAUGUCAAAGUUGCGAAAACAACAGAAUCAGACAUGCUCCUCGAUCUUAUGGGCGGAUCGGACGUGCCCGCUGUCGACACUAGCGCUACAUUGAACGGUCAACAACAGACAGCAGACCUGUUAGCAGAUAUCCUUGGAGGUGGGAGCUCAGUUUCAAGUCCUCCGCCACAAACAAAGAGUCCUGCACCACCUUCCAACACGGAUGCCAUCAUGGACCUGUUCGGCAACGGAACUACGAAACCCGCCAGCCCUGCACCUGUUGGACCACAAUCACACCCUGUGUACAACAAGAAUGGUCUGUCCCUUGCGAUUCAUGUCUCUAGAAGUGGUCCCGCAAUACAAGCCAUUGCCAGGUUUAAGAAUAGCUCCGCUUUUGAGCAAUUGUCAAAUGUCGGCUUGCAGGCGGCAGUCCCAAAAAGUCAGAAGCUGACCUUGCAAGCGAUAAACAAAAGCACGCUGGGACCUGGUGACGAGGCUACUCAGGGCAUGAAGGUGAUCGCAGCGACGGGGCCUCUUCCCACAAAACUCCGCCUACGGUUGAAAAUCUCAUACGCCAAAGAUGGAGGGGCACCAGUGACCGAACAAGUCGACUGGACAGAGCCAUGA